GACAUCACAUUGCCUCCACCUCCCUCCCUGAUAGAAGAGAGAAAGAAGAAGAAGAUUCUAGAAGUCACCAGAGAGAUCACUGAGCUGCUGACAGGAGAGGUUCCUAUAAGGUGUCAGGGUGUCACUGUCUAUUUCUCCAUGGAGGAGUGGGAGUAUUUAGAAGGACACAAGGAUCUCUACAAGGACGUCAUGAUGGACAAUCAGCCGCCCCUCACAUCACCGGAUGGAUCCAGUCAUGGGAACCCACCAGAGAGAUGUCCCCAUCCUCUGGAUUCCCGGGAUUCCACACAGGAAGGUCACACCAUCCCUCACCAUCAUCAGAGUGGAAACCUGAGAGAUUCUAAAGUUGAGGUUAAAGAAGAGAUAAAAGAGGAGGAGGAUGAGGAUGGGGGGAUGGAGGAGUCAGAGCUUCUAAAGGAACACAAAGAUCUGUACCAGGACACCAUGGUGGAGUCAUCCAGCUACAGGAACCCACCAGAGAGAUGUCCCCGUCCUCUGUAUUCCUGGGAUUCCACACAGGAAGGUCACACCAUCCCUCACCAUCAUCAGAGUGGAAUCCUCGGGGAUGAUAAUAUUGAUGUUAAAGAAGAGUAUAAAGAGGAGGAUGAGGAGUAUGGAGUGAUGGAGGAGUUUUCAGAAGGACACAAGGAUAUGAUGGAGCCACCUAAUACCAGGAACCCACCAGAGAGAUGUCCCCGUCCUCUGUAUUCCCAGGAUUCCACACAGGAAGGUCACACCAUCCCUCACUAUUACAAGAGUGGAGAUCCAAUCGAUAUAGAAUUUGAGGUGAAAGCAGAAGAAGAAGAGGCGUAUGUGAGGGAUGAUCAGCAGUCUAUGGAGGAGGAUGGAAUAACGGGGACAUUUAUAGAGGAGGACACUCCUACAGAGAUCAGCACAGGCCGGGAGAUGAGGGAAAACCUCCGAGGAUUGUCUCACUUUGUCUCCAGACUGGAAAGUAGAAGAUGAGGACAUCACACAGUAUAGUCCAGGAGAAAACCCGGCCCCCUCCAAUGUCCAUCCGGCACCACCCAGUGUAGAGAUGGACCAUCG